AUGCUACUGAAUCAGUCCCCGCGGGGGUCAUUCAGUGUUCCUGUUAACAUCACCCUGCUGGGCGCGCGGCGACGACACACGCGGGAUGUCUUCUACCAGCAAGCCCAAAUGCAAAAAAAUGGAGGCAAGUGGAGGAAAGCGAGUGAGAUGAAGUGCAAUGAGAAAGCCAGAGCUCAAAUCCCAGAGUCCAGCAUAGGAGAAGACAGAGCCGUUCUCUUGGGCUUCACCAUAAUGGCCUUCUCCAUCCUCAUGUACUUUCUGGUGGGAAUCGUGAUGGUGAAACCAAGUCUUUACAGUGACUGGAAACCUAACAACUGCACACUGGUGCAUAUGUAUUUGGUGGAUGAAGUGAUGGAUUGCCAUGGCAUUGAUAGCUUUAAAUGCCUGCGUGUUUUGGUCAACAGCACCCCUGAAAAAACCCUUCGACUUUACCACGAUGAAGACACUGCCAAAUACAGGCCAAAGGUACAAUCUUUCCCUCAGUGUUUCUAUACUCCGAAAUGCCAACGAAACAAGACUGAACAAGAGGCUGAGGCCAAUAACAUCAAAGAUGUGUUAAUUGUGCGAGGGGAUAAUAUGACAUGCUAUCUCAGUGCGGCACACCCAAACGACGCCAUCAUUAGGAGGAAAUACACCGUUCAAAUGGCCUUGUACUACCUGCUGUGGCCCAGCCUCAUGUUGUUCGGUGGAAUCCUGCUGGUGGGGCUGGUGAAGCUCAACCAGCAUCUUGCUUUCCUCUACACUGAGAUCAGUAGAGAGGAGUUACUAGGAUAG